AUGGAAAAGCCGUCUUCGGAGAAAAUUGCACAGUUUGCGAAAGUCGUCGAGUUUUGUUUGAAAACCUGCAAUCUUGACGGGGAUCCGGAUUUGCGCGCUAAGUUCCUACCCCAUUUGCUAUAUUCGAUAUUAAAUAAACUCCACGACGAUGAGAAGCUUGUAUUGAUCGAAAUUGAUGCACUACUUCAAAUUACGAGUGUCUGCAGCAACUUAUUGGAGGAAAUAUCGCAAAGUGGUGCUGUGGAAGCAAAAAUGCCUAAUGGAGAUAUUUCGGAAACAUCCUCGAAUUCCAGUCCCAAGAAGGUUGCAAACGUCAACACUGUAGUAACCGACGCUAUCGAAAAAGAGCAAGAGCUUAUGGAGUCUUGCGUAAACGAAUGUCUUCUGCUGCUGGCUAGCGUUUGCCGUGUGUACGUUGCCAGACGCACAGCAAUGCGUUUUCCACUUCUCAUCGACGUAUGCAAGCUCACAUCGCAGUUCCUCGACUAUCCAUUGUACUGUUUCCUGCUUGAUCAUCAGGAUGAUGAAGAAGUACCUGGUUGGCUUCUGGACGUGCUGAAGGUUAUUGAUGCCGACACUUGGAUUCAGGAAAUGAGUUCCUCUCAGGUAACUUCUUGUUAUGAUCUGGGUUUUAUUAGCUUCCAUAUCGUCGAUCUUAUCGUGCAUGUGCUUUAG